AGAGUAGACCCGCGCUCCUGCGCAACACGCACAGCGAGCAGACAGAAAGACAGAUAGAUAAACAUACAGACAGCAGUCUGCCUGCCGUUACUUCAACACAGCUCGCGCGCACCUUUACCAAAAAUUAGAGUCACAAAGUUUUGGAUUAAACCGAUACGGAAAUAAAUUCUCCCUAUCUGUUUUAAGAAGCGCUAUGCAAGGGUUUUAUUUACCUCAAACUUUGACAAACUCUCAGUUUUGACAGCGCGUGCAGAGAUUCAAACCGUGUCUACUCACUAAACCGUCGCCUCGCUGAGGAAAAACAAUCUUUUUGCGCCGCCAGUGCGAUUUCGCCGCUCAGCGAAUAGCGGCAAGAAGUCUGAAACCACAUGUGCUCGUCUCCAAACCGGAGAGACGCGGUUUCAUUUGUCUUCAGAGAGGAAAAGAUUUGGCUUUAAGCCGUACUGACAGACACAAGGGAAGGACGGUCUCGUGAGAGCCCUGGAGAAGACCAUUGGAAAUUCACGCGGUGCGUAAUAUUCACGUUUAUUCUUGGCACUACUGCGCAAACAGUUGUAAUAAACGGGGGAAAUGUAGUCUUUGUGGAUGGUUAUCGGUAUAGCCACUUUUGACGCUAACGGUUGCCGGUGAAUGGCUCUUUAAACGCGGCGAAGGGGGGCGGUAGUUGUGGAGUGUACGGCAAUGCCAAGUUGAUGGGUCUCGACAUUGUCAGUAUUAAUAAAAGGUCAAUAUUCCCAGAAACGUCUGUUUAACAUUUAUGGGCUUGUCGAUAUUUUCAAAACAUUCCCUGAUAUCAAAAAGUGGAGAGAAAUGCUGAACGAAGAUGACAUUUUGACUGGAAUAUUAACGUAAAUCGCAGCCGCACGCGCUGUCAGUCACCUGCUCAUAAAGGUAAACGCACCUUUACGCUUAAACGCCGUUCAAAAUGACGACUAAUGGAGCCAACAUCGUCUACGAAUGGCUAAAAACCCUGCAGUUGUGUCAGUAUGUCGAGGCUUUCGUGGAUAACGGAUACGACGACCUGGAAGUUUGCAAACAAAUCGGAGACCCGGACUUGGAUGCCAUCGGGGUGUUCAUUCCGCACCACCGCCAGCGGAUUCACGAUGCGGUGCAAAGGUUAAAAGAUCACGAUAAGGAGACAGCCACCGGGCUUUAUUUCACCCUGGAGCCGAUGCCUCCGGUCUCACCUAUAUACACGAGUCGCAUGGCAGAGCAAUAUGAGCCUAGGCUGCGGGGCUCCAAGUCAUGGACUGAGCAGAGCAGUGAUAGAACGGCGCGCAGCGUGGGGUACAUGGGGGCGUCCAGGAAUCUGACGCUGGGGAACCGCAAGGAGCUGGAAAUCUACCCCAAACUGAAGCUGAAGAUCAUGAUCAGGGAUAAACUCAUUAGGGACGGGAUAAACCUUGCCAGGCAGCCAUACUCUAAUAAGGAUGGCUCUCUGGGUAAUAUAGAUGACCUGGCACAAGAGUACUCAGAGUACUACAACACAUACUUCAGCGAAGUCAGCGAUCGGAUGGAGGAGCUCCGCAAGCGGCAAGUCUCUCAAGAGCUAGACAUGGAAAAAGCAGACACCAGCUUCAACUCAUCACAGCUAUGCUCAGACAUCCAGGAAACAUUUGGCAUCAACAGUGAGGUGUCCACUCCAGAGACUGAGAGAAAAAUUCCUCUGCACAAAUCCAGCUCUGAAGAUGGAUCAGGAAAAUGGGACAACAAGAAGAAAAACAAAUCCUUCUGGCAGAACUUUCGAAAGUCACAGAAAGGGGUCACAAGGCAAACGUCAAAAGGAGAGGACAUUGGCUAUGUGGCCAGUGAGAUCACUAUGAGUGAUGAAGAACGGAUCCAGCUGAUGAUGAUGGUGAAAGAGAAGAUGAUCACAGUGGAAGAGGCGCUGGCACGGUUAAAGGAAUAUGAGAGGAACAGACAGUUGAGCAGCAGUACAGACACAGCAGAGUGGACUGAAGGAUCCAGUCCCACUGUUAACCUCUCCUCCGUCUGCAAUUCGGUGGAGCAGUCAGAUGAUGAGCAGGAGGACUCUGUGAAAUUCAAGCGGCUUCACAAACUGGUCAACUCGACUCGACGUGUUCGCAAGAAGCUCAUCAAAGUGGAUGACAGCAAAAUACAUGACUCACAAGAUUCGCUCAGUCUGGAUGCAGCUCCCUUAUGUGAUGACAUAAACGCACUGUAUGCUGAAAUCCACAAGAAGCCAGCCCAGUGCACAGACUCCUCUUUGUCCUCUCUUGCCCAAGAGCAGCUCUCUCUGGAUGGGGACACGGACAGUCUGACCACCUCGCCCUCCACCAGUAGCCUUGAAGCCUGGAAAGCAGAUCACAAGUUAGUGAAGACCCCCGGCACACAUCCCCAUGGCCUGAUCCGUCCACCGCGGAAGAGUAGUGCUGGAUCCGGACUGGGUGUAGUGGGGGGUAGUGGCUCCUCUUUCUCCGAAUUGGAGGGUGUGGGAGACGAUAAUGCUAAAGUCUCCCGUUCGACUACAGACGGAGAGAUGCGGAAGGCCUUGUCAUCUCUAUCACACGGGGUAAGUACUGACAGCGUCUACGCUUUUUACGGCCUCACUAGGCCACGCCCAAAGCCGCACCCCCUUCUGGUGUCUUUAGAUGACAUUAACAACACCAAACGGCCACCCGUUUCCAUGUGGCAGCGCAAUAAGCCUGACCCAAACUACGCAUACUCCACCAAGCACCUACUCUACCAGCGCUCCUGCAAUGCUCAAAAAACCAUUGCUCCCUCCUCCACCUUGCCCACUUCCCCUCUCACUCGUGAGCUUCCAUUGGCCAGGGAGAAAGGGAAGAGCUGUGGGGGCGGAGUAGUGGGCAGCUGGCUGUUUCCACCGAGGCGUCUGAAGGGAAGGACGGCAGUUAGUGAGCUCAACAUCACAUACGUGGUGGAACGCAGCCUGUAUGGCCACUUGAACUGGACCGGGCUGGUUAGGCCCUUAACGCUGAGCAAAGCAGACAGGCGUUGGCUCCUGGAAGACGAAAGAGAUGUGAACAGGAAGUGGGCAUCCAGCAUGGAUCGCUGCACCAAGCGUGUGCUCUUACGCAUCCAGCAGAAGUCUAGAACGUGUAGCUUUGGAGGAUUUGACCUGACUAAUCGUUCCCUCCAUGUGGUCAACACAGCCGAGCCUAGUGAGCAGGAGGCUCUGUACAGGGACGUUGUGAAAUCUCCCACCACGUCCCGUAUCUCUCUAGGAAAGAAAGUCAAGUCUGUCAAAGAGACUAUGAGGAAACGCAUGUCCAAGAAAUAUGCUGGGUCUCUCUCUGAACAGUCCAGUCCAGAUGGAACACCUAGUUGUCCUCAGUCUCCUCAGCCAGACACAGACUCUCUAGAGAAGCCCAAACUCAAGGCAGGAGGGUCUGUAGAGAGUCUGCGCAGCUCCCUCAGUGGGCAGAGCUCCAUGAGUGGACAGACUGUGAGCACCACAGAUUCAUCAGCCAGCAACAGAGAGAGUGUGAGGAGUGAGGAUGGUGACGAUGAAGAGCCUCCAUACAGAGGCCCUUUCUGCGGCAGAGCUAGAGUUCACACCGACUUCACACCGAGUCCGUAUGAUACAGACUCACUCAAACUUAAGAAAGGAGAUGUGAUUGAUAUCAUCAGUAAGCCGCCCAUGGGCACAUGGAUGGGUCUGCUCAAUAACAAGGUGGGGACGUUUAAGUUCAUCUAUGUGGAUGUUCUGGCUGAAGAGGAAGAGAAGCCUAAACGAGCGGUUCGGAGGAGGAGGAAGGGCAGGCCGCCCAAACCCAGCUCAGUUGAGGAGCUUCUGGAGAGAAUCGGUCUGAAGGAGCACAUGCCUACGUUCCUGUUUAAUGGGUAUGAAGACCUGGAUACAUUUAAGCUACUAGAGGAAGAAGAUCUGGAUGAGCUCAACAUCAAAGACCCGCAACACCGUGCCGUACUGAUGACCGCUGUAGAGCUACUGCAGGAUUACGACAGUAGCAGUGAUCCGGAGCGCAGCGCCCUCUCUGGCUCUCAGGAGAAACUCCUCUGUGAGGGGCGUGGCCUCAUGGCCGACUCCCCACGGGACUCUGGUUGCUACGAAAGCAAUGAAAACCUAGAGAAUGGUAAGAGCCGCAAGGUGUCGCGCCACAGCCGUGGUUCAUCUGGAUUUGAUUGUGGGGGUGUAAAGUCUCCAGACUAUCCCACUCUUCCCAUGACUCACUCCACUGAAGUUCUUCAGCAGCAGGCCAAGAAGGAACGCAAGUUCCCGAAGACAUUUCUGCCCCGGCCCAUAAAGGGCUUCAGUCUGCAAAGCCUCUGCCUCAAGAAGGCCUCCAAAGCAGGACAGACCUCCCGCAUACUGGUCAGCCGAAGCUGUGAGGAGUUAGACGGCCCCCAGGAGACCCCUGAGUCUUGGAAGCGCUCACAUUCUCUGGGGGAUAUACACUGGGAGCAGGCCUUCAAUCAGAGGAAGAGUGAGGGUGAGGAUAAAGGCAGGCCGGAGAGCAACAAAAAGAAAGUAAAAGCCAAUCCUGUAGAAUCAAAAUUGGACCAGAUCAGCAAUAAGGCUGAAAGAAAGAUGGGCUCACCGCAGAGGUCUACGGUUCCUACACAGCUUCCUCUCAACACAGUCAGCCCAUUGCCUGCUUCUCAGACCUCACACGGCCAACCAGUUUCUGCCCCAACUAGCCCUGCUCCACGGACUCACCCUAAAAAGCCACCUGUCCCACCUCCUGUGCCUGCUAAAAAGUCCAAAGAGCGUCUGCCGAAUGGUCUGCGCCACCCUCCACUAGUGCUGUCCGGUUCAGUGCCAAAUACACCAACCCUACCCCCAAAACCCACAUUCACCCCAACCAUUCCCUCCGAGAGCUCCCCAUCAGUGCCAUUAUCACCAGGUGAAUCUCCAGCAGCUCUGAGUCCAGCCUGGCUGUCUGACCUACCUGAAUCAGCAUGUCCUCAGAUCCACGGAGCUAAAGUUGCCCUCAGCAGGAAGAUCUCCCAUGCCAAAAUGACCGACCUGGAGACUCUGCUGGAGGACCGGAUGCACUUGGAAGGCAUUGACCUCACCGAAGAGCCGUAUUCUGAUAAACACGGCCGCUGUGGUAUUCCUCAGCUCUUAGUACAGAGGUACUCCGAGGACUUUCAGCAGCCAGUGAAGGACGUGGCGUCCAGUCUGGAUCAGAUCAGAGUUAAACAACUCCGCAAGGAGCACCGCAUGGCUAUUCCCUCGGGAGGCUUGACUGACAUGUGUCGGAAGCCAGUGUCUCCUGUUCACGUGAGAUCUGUGUCUGAUUGGCUCGUGUCAAUUGGAAUGCCCAUGUAUUCUACCCCUCUAUCGGCUGCAGGCUUUGACACGCUGGAACAUGUGUCAUCCUUAAACGAGCUGAAAGUGAGGGAAGCGGGCUUGAAGCAGGACCAUCACAUACGUAUUCUUCUCAGUGAAGCCCAACUAGUCACAGCCAGCAGCUCAGGACAGUCAUAAUACUAACACGAGCUGUUAUGAACUUGACUAAAUGGAUCAAACUUUGAUGGUGAAGGGACAGACCUGGACAACAAGGUUUUUUGCAAUUUCAGAAAUGACUGAUCUGGCUUCCAAGGACUGUUAUUGUAGGCCUUUCAACAGAAGUUUCCAUAGAAACAUCUAGUUUUGCCUGAAACAUCUGCCUGUCGAAAGCAAGCACACUUUUUUUCUGAGAAUUUAUGCUUUUGUAUGCAUUUAAAGAUUGUUCUGAAUCCCCUUUUCAAGAAGUUCGAGAUUUAUUUAGUGAAAAAAAAAUGUAGUGCUUAUUGAAGCACUUGAGUAUCAAGAGUAUUUCACCUGGCCAAAGCAAUGUCAUUUCAUGCAGGUUCGUUAAUAUAAUAUUACUUUAUCUCUCAAUGCAUCUAGUAUGUAUAUGAAAAGAUGUGUACUCUUGGGUGAAUCAUUCCCAAAAGCAUGAUGUUGCCAUAUGAGGAUAUUCAGAGCAAUGCACAUUUUGAUUUCAGGUCAAUAUUUGGUCACGGUUUUAGAAAAUGUGUACUAUGUUUGUACAAACUGUUUCAUUUUCUUUGUUUCUUCAAGGUAACAUUUAACCAUCACUCUUUAUAAACCGCUCAAUAUAAUAUUCAAUAUUCACAGCACAUUUAAUCUUCCCAGACUUCUAAACACACAAUAUUAAAUGUGCAUCACUUACUCGGCUGUUGCGGCAUAUCAAAUUUGAUUACUGUAGCAGCUCUAUCAAUUUAUGUUGCCUGUUAUCUUGAAAAUUAUACUCCUGUGUAUCGUGUACCUCUUAUCGUACUUAUCUCUGAUGCAAAUGAUGCAUCACACAGCUGUAAUAUGCUUGCUGGAGUGAAAUGUGUACAGGUGUUUCGUUUUGUUUUUCUUUUGUCCCAGAUUGCCUUGCACUUUGACUGGGGUGUUGAAGACUUUUGAAUCGUAAAAAAAAAGCCUCAAGCUCUUGAAAGCACACAGUCUUAGCCUUAAAAUACAAGUAAAUCAAACUGAAACUGACUCUUCCUCUGACUAACUUCUGACACUAGUCACAUACAGACUGGUACUUUACCCAUGAGAUAAAAGUUUUUAAAAUUGGGAAGAAAGAUCCAUGAAGCAUUAUUUAUUUUGUCAUUCAGAACACAAUGCAAAUGGCAUGCGUUUGUGUGUUUCAGGGAGAAUAAAGUGUUAUGGACAUAACUUUUUCUUGCACACAUCUGGUGAUUCUUUCACCAAAGACAGACAGCUUCUGGCAGACUCACUCGUUAAUAAAAACCUGAGUGUGAAGUACAACAUUAGCUGACGUCUGUUAGUUACGUCACUUAGGCAUUAACAUGACGUCUUCACUGCUCACAGAUUUAAAGCAUUCCAUCACUCCAAAUUAAGCACAAUGAAGCGUGUUUGUCCCACAGUCACUCUCAGGUUGGUUUUGAUUGAGCGACUGAGGUGAAAACUCAACAUUUAGUUGCUUCUACAAAUCCUUUGGUUUUCAAGUUGUGAAAAGACACCACUCAUGUUUCCCCGAGGACUUGCGGUUUUAGGAAAUGGUGUCUUUUUGAAAGCGUGCUUCAGAAUUGUAUUUCUCCCUCAUGCCAUUUACUCUUUUGUAUCUUAUCCAGCACAAUUUAUAAACCAUAAUGCUCAAGGUUUUAAUGAAUGUUUUAAGCAGUAGAGAAUUCUUUGUAUCAGAAUGGAUGCCUUCAAAUUGCUAUCAUUUGAGUGCUUUGAUAACAAUAAGGCUUUUUAUGUGAUUAAAAUCGAAACUAUAUUUCAUGAAAUGUUACUGUAAAAAUGCACUUUAUUAAAGAAUGAAAGUUGUUUUUUAAUUCCAUUGUGGAGAAAAUGAGAUUACAAAUUGACACAUUUACAUUUUUUUUUUUUUUAAGGAGUUUGUUUUCAGGACAGAUGUUGAUGGUUGAGGUAUCAAAUCUCAAAAAUAUCAAAUCUCUGUUAAAAAAUAAAAAAAUAAAAUAAAAUUAUAAUCACUUGCUAAUUAAUUACAGAACUAACCAUGACCAGUUAAUUAUUUCAACUUAAAUGUUAUAAAACUGGGUCUUAAUUACAUAUAUGAAAUGAUUAACUGAGGUUGCACAUUCUGUAUAUGUAAUUGAUAUUUAAAUAACUUAUUUUUGCUUUUACAUCAAAUGUAAUUAUUAGCUGUACUAUACAUCAUAAAGCAAUACUCUUUCACCUAUAGUUAGUGACAUGCUCCAGUGACCAUUGUAAAAUAUAUGUAUAAAAAUGAUUUUAUCUGGUUUAAGUUCGCUAAUGAUUGUCUAUAAAGAUUGCUUGUGUAUUUACAAACAAAAAUGUCUUAAAAUAUUUGUCCCUUUGAGGUGUAAUAAUAAUAAUAAAAAAGAAUACCCUACACUGA